AUGCCGUCAAGAGCCAAUCCCAACGUGCCCAACAAGCAGCGACGAAUUGCCAGUCGGGCAAAGGUCCAAAAACGCAACUCCGUCAACAAGAUCUCCAAGAAUCCUCGAGGUACAGCAAAGAGCAGUGUUCUGCACCCCACGAGCGGACCUCUUGCGCCAGUCUCAGGGAAAAAGGCAAAGAAGUUGGAAAGAGCGCAGAACCAAGCUAGACGGAGAGCGAUUGAGAAGGCUAUGGAACAAGAAGGAGAGGUUGAGAUGACUGAUGCACCCAAGACUACGAAGUCGAAAAGCACGAAGGAGACGGAUGACAAGAUGGAGGUUGAUGACAUUUCAUAA